CUUUAACACAGCCCGGCCUGCUUUCUGUGCAUUUGAGGCAACACAGGAUACGGGCUCACACACUCGCUCGUAUCUCCAACUUGAGUCAGAGUGAGGAAGCAGAAUGUCAGGGAAGGAAGCGCUGAAGCCAGUAGGAAACCAAAAUAUGCCACAAGUCUGCAGAGCUUUUUUCUGCCUCCCUCUGUGACGGGUCUAAACCGCUGGCAAAUACCUGAUGCCUUAUCACCUGAUUUUUUUUUAUUUCUUUUUUUUUUUUUGUAAAUAGGCGUUAACACAAAAGAACUCGAGGCGUUGAAAAUCAAUCUCCACUUGGAUAUACGUUCAAAAUCUGGAUUUUUAGACAGAAAAAACACAUCCACAGGAAAUUCUUGAAAUUCUCUUCAUCUGCUGCCACUACUGAACUGCAUCAGGCAAAGGUCAUCGGGUUUAUAACGCAAACAGACCACAAAGAAUAUGAGUUCCUCACGGAACGGCACGCUGGAAAGGACAGCGUCUGAGCAGACCCACUCUGAAGCACGGUCCCCCUCCAGAUCGGGGUCGGGGGUCGUGGUGCCACCUCCUUACUCUCACAGAGGCAGCGAAGCUGCUGACCCCUCUGUGGAGUUAAGGGGCUCUCUGGACUGCUGGGCAUGCUCGGUGCUGGUCACGGCACAGAACCUGAUCAUCGCUCUGAUCAAUGCUGGGAUGGCCAGCGUCUUGUUCGGCAUCAUCCUCACCCCUGCUCUUGCCAUGAUCAUAUUCGGCUUUCUCUGCCACUCCACAGUGCAGCCCCAUGGAACAUCCCUGUACUGCUCAGACCUGCUGGACGACACAGGCUGUGUGGCCCUGCUGGUGGUGGGCUUUCUGCUGCUCACCCCGCUGCUGGUCUUGGCACUGGCUGCCUACUGCCGCCUGGCCCGACACCUCCAGCUGGGCUUGUGUUUCAUCCCUUACAGCCGCGCUGUCUACAAGAACCUGCCUGCCCAGCGCAACCAGAGGCAAGGCACAGGGAGCUGCUGUGGUCAAGAGGAAGCAAUGGAAAGAGAGGGGAAGGGUAGCAUCUGGGUGUAGAGGAGGAGAGGAGAGGAGGAUUGCACAAAUGAUUGCUUUAUCUGCCUGCUUUAUAAAGCAAAUUGCUUUUAUAUUUUCUUUUUCUAAAGCCAUUGUAAAAAUCCAUCAUAUUUAGUCAUUCAUAUUGCAGUUUGAAUGUAUUUUAUAGCUUUUUGUUUUGUUUUUACAAUAAAGUGUUACUUAAACUGCAAGGGUUAUAUUUUGCACAAAAGCCUCAAAAAUGAAUGUGAUGAAUUGUAUAUUGAAUAUGUAAUAGCAAUUUGGGCUAAUUUAUCCCUGAUGGCUCAGCUAUAUCAAUGAUAAAUACUGUGUGGGCCAGAUGCAAGACAAACCCAUGAGGUGAGCCUAACGUGGGCUUCAAGAAAUAUAGUAUGGGCCAGAUGUGGCCCAAAAGGUAUGUGCUGAGACUGAUAUAGGAUAUGGAAAGUGUCUGGGAUCAUAAGGUGGAAUUGUGGUUUAGUUGAGGCAGCAAAAUCAAUGUCAUUAGUUAAAGCCAAAUAUAGUCCAUAGAAAAUUGGCCACAUUUUAGCAAAAUGUGGACAUGCAGGGGGUUGGUGUGACAGAGGAGGGUGCAAGAUACAGGAUCUGAUGGAGGCAGGUGAUCUGCUAUGUGAGCCCUAAGAGGAUCAGCCGAAAGAAUAAGAAUAAGACUGGGUAGAUUUAAUGGACAAACUCAUUCUUUCAAUCACUACCCAAAGCUCGUGACCAUAGGUGAGGGCAGGGGCGUAGGUCGACCAGUAAAUUGAAAAAAUAUUGCAAACUAUAAUUAUUAAUAAUACAUAUAUUAUUAAUACAUAUAAUAUUAUACUAUUCAUUAAUACAGUCAUUUUAUCUUUUAAAAUUGGUUAAAGUUGAACAAAUAAUUACAUCAAAAAUAAAAACA